AUGACGGUACAGGAAACUAAAGGUGCCGAAGCUUUCCACGAUGGCUAUCAGCUCACCGACAAGGACGCCAAGCAGCUCGAAACCCCCGAUGAGAGCUUCAAGCUAAUGACAUGGGAGGACCUGAGACUAAUUAUCGAGAACAAUACGCUGGAGGAUCUGAAAAGGGUCCCGUCGGAUUUGAGACGGUAUAUUUCCUGGUCCAAGAAAACACGGGAGGAGUAUGGCACUAUUCAGGCGUUUGUUUUGAAGGAACGCUUGGGUUGGAAGGACUUGACACCACAAAAUUUGACGCCGUUCGAGUGUGAAGCGGAUACGAAGGUGUUAAUUAACGACUGGCCUUACGGAAAUGCACCGGUGCACAUUGUCUGCUGGACAAAAGCUCCAAUUGCCACACAACCGGAUUCAAUCCCCGCGGGCGACCUCACGCCCGAAUCGAGAGAGAUAAUAGAUAGCUAUAUCAACCGGACAUUCAAGCAACACCUGGGGAAGGAGAAUGUGCUAUGGUUCAAGAACUGGGCCAGUAUCCAAAGUGUGCGGAGCGUGGAGCACAUCCAUGUGCUUGUCAGGGGAGCAAGUGAGGAGUUCUUGAAGUCGGUAAUUGGAGCAGAGGGUGAUGGACUAAAAAUCAAAGGAAUUGGCCAACUGGAGAAGGAGAAGGAGCAGGGGCAGUGCUGCGAGUGA